AGCUAUUUCGUAUGGGGCCGUACGUACCUUUUUUCCUACACAAAUGCAAGAUACCAACUCCACCAUAAAAACCAAUAUUAUUUCCAUUCCCAUCAGGGGAAGGUUUCUUCACCACAACCACUCACACAUUUACACGAAAAUGUCCACUACUAAUUAAUUAAUUAUAUAUUCCCCCUUCAUUUAUAGAUAAGAUAUAGUACCUAUAUGAUGAAUUAGUUGUAGGAAUUAAUGGAGUGGGAAUGGGCGUUAGAGUUCUUGAAGGGCAUGAUCCAGCCGGUGGCGGCGCUGUCUGUGGUGGCGAUGGCGGUGGCGCUCUCGUAUUUUCAGAAGCUGGGGCUGGAGUGGGAGAUGGCCUACUCCAUCUUCAGAGCUUUUCUUCAGCUCUCCAUCAUUGGAUUUGUUUUGGAGUUCAUUUUCAAACAGGACAAUGCUAUAUGGAUCCUCAUGGCUUAUCUUUUCAUGGUGUCGGUUGGCGGUUACACGGCGGGACAGCGCGCGAAGCAGGUGCCUGGAGGGACGUACGUGGCCGGGGCAUCGAUUCUGGUGGGGACCGGAAUCACCAUGUUUUUGUUGGUUACACUGCGCGUCUUCCCUUUCACCCCGCGAUACAUCAUCCCCGUUGCCGGCAUGAUGGUGGGGAACGCCAUGACCGUCACCGGCGUCACCAUCAAGAAGCUCCGCGACGACAUCAAGAUCCAGAUGAGCCUGGUGGAGACGGCUCUUGCUCUGGGAGCCACGCCGCGGCAGGCCACGCUGCAGCAGGUGAAGCGCUCGCUGGUCAUAGCGCUGUCGCCGGUGCUGGACAACGCCAAGACGGUGGGGCUGAUAUCGCUGCCGGGGGCGAUGACGGGGCUCAUCAUGGGCGGGGCCUCGCCUCUUCAGGCCAUCCAGCUUCAGAUUGUGGUCAUGAACAUGUUGGUGGGAGCUUCCACCGUUAGCAGCAUCAUGUCUACCUACCUCUCUUGGCCUUCCUUCUUCACCAAAGCUUAUCAAUUGGAGACUAACGUCUUCUCCGCCGACUAAACUCAUCUCUCCAAAUCAAACGAAUUGGUCUCAAAAUGGAACCAUUUUUCUGUAACCCCUCAUUAAUUAUUGUGUUUUCAUCAAUGUACAUGAAAUAUUAAUAAUUACUCGGGCUAAAACAAAACAAAUUAUAUA